GGCUUCGGCCUGAAGAAGCCGCUCAAGAUGAAUAUGGUGAAGCGGAUCAUGGGGCGGCCGCGGCAGGAGGAAUGCAGCCCGCAGGACAAUGCGCUGGGCCUCAUGCACCUGCGCCGCCUCUUUUCCGAGCUCUGCCACCCACCGCGCCACAUGACCCAGAAGGAGCAGGAGGAGAAGCUCUACAUGAUGCUGCCUGUCUUCAACCGGGUGUUUGGGAAUGCUCCCCCGAGCACAAUGAAUGAAAAGUUCUCAGACCUGCUGCAGUUCACCACUCAGGUGUCCAGACUAAUGGUGACAGAGAUCAGACGAAGAGCGUCCAACAAAUCUACAGAGGCAGCCAGCAGAGCCAUUGUGCAGUUUUUGGAGGUGAAUCAGAGCGAGGAGGCGAGUCGUGGCUGGAUGCUCCUGACCACCAUCAACCUGCUGGCCUCUUCUGGACAGAAAACAGUGGACUGCAUGACCACCAUGUCAGUGCCCUCCACAUUGGUGAAAUGUCUGUACCUGUUCUUUGACCUGCCUCAUAUGCCUGAGGUCCCCGCUGCCACACAGCCCGAACUGCCCUUGGCAGACCGCCGCGCCCUCCUACAAAAGGUUUUCGUUCAAAUCCUGGUGAAGCUGUGCAGUUUUGUGUCUCCAGCCGAGGAGCUGGCCCAGAAGGACGACCUGCAGCUGCUCUUCAGUGCCAUCACCUCCUGGUGCCCCCCCCACAACCUGCCCUGGAGGAAGAGUGCCGGCGAGGUGCUCAUGACCAUCUCCAGACAUGGCCUCAGUGUCAACGUCGUCAAAUACAUACAUGAGAAAGAGUGUUUGGCAACAUGUAUCCAGAACAUGCAGCAGUCAGAUGACCUGUCUCCACUGGAGAUCGUGGAGAUGUUUGCUGGGCUCUCUUGCUUUCUAAAAGAUUCCAGCGAUGUGUCUCAGACAUUACUAGACGAUUUCCGCAUGUGCCAGGGCUACACCUUCCUGACUGACCUCAUGCUCAGAUUGGAGCAGGCCAAAGAGGAUGAAUCCAAAGAUGCUCUGAAGGACCUAGUGAACCUGGUGACUUCCUUGACCACAUAUGGUGUGAGCGAGCUGAAACCAGCUGGUCUUACAACUGGGGCACCCUUCCUGCUGCCUGGCUUUGUGGUCCCACAACCUUCUGGGAAAGGUCACACUGUUCGGAACAUCCAAGCCUUUUCUGUGCUCCAGAAUGCUUUUCUAAAGGCAAAGAGUGGCCGGCUAGCCCGCAUGGUGCUGGAAUCUAUCGCUAAUAUCUAUGCUGCUGACUAUGCCAACUAUUUUAUUUUGGAGGCACAGCAUACACUCUCGCAGUUCGCCGAGCGAGUACCACGGCUGCCAGAGGUCCAGGCGAAAUACUUUGAAUUACUGGAGUUUGUGGUCUUUGGGCUUAAUUAUGUACCCUGCAAAGAGCUCUUCAGUGUUAGCGUGUUGCUAAAGUCGAGCACCUCCUACGGGUGCAGCAUCACGGCUACGCGUACCCUGCUCAAACUCAGCCGCCACCACCCAGUGUUCAGCGAUGUUUUCCGUGAAGUCGGGCUGUUGGAGGUGCUCGUCAACCUGCUCCAUAAAUAUGCAGCACUGCUGAAAGACCCAACACAAACCCAUGGAGAACAGGGUGAUUCCAAAAACAAUGUGGCAGAAGAGCAGAAGCAGUUAGCUUGGCUUGUCAUGGAGGCUCUCACAGUCCUCCUUCAGGGCUCUAACACCAAUGCAGGUUUGUUUCGGGAAUUCGGCGGUGCCCGCUGCGUACACAACAUUGUAAAGUACCGGCAGUGUCGAGAACACGCCCUGAUGAUUAUCCAGCAGCUGGUGCUGUCGCCCUCCGGAGACGAUGACAUGGGCACACUGCUGGGCCUAAUGCACUCCGCCCCCUCCACAGAGCUGCAGCUCAAAACUGAUAUACUGCGGGCGCUUCUCGCCGUCCUCCGUGAGAGCCACCGCACGCGUACUGUUUUCCGCAAAGUGGGUGGUUUCGUGUACGUGACCUCGCUGCUGGUAGCUAUGGAACGCUCGCUGGGCUCGCAGCUGACUGGUGGCUGGGAGAAGGUCAAUCAGAACCAGGUCUUCGAGCUCCUGCACACCGUCUUCUGCACACUGACGGCCGCCAUGCGCUACGAACCGGCCAACUCGCAUUUCUUCCGCAACGAGAUCCAGUACGAGAAGCUGGCCGAUGCCGUGCGUCUGCUGGGCUGCUUCUGUGACGCCAAGAAGCUGGUGCCGGCCACCGCUUUCCCCUCAAAUGCCCAGCCUUUCCAGAGGCUGCUGGAGGAUGAGGUGGUUCCUGCAGAAAGUGUCAGCCCUGCGCUCAAGCACUGCAGCAAACUCUUCAUCUACCUGUACAAGAUGGCCACAGACUCCUUUGACAGUCGUGCGGAGCAGGUACCCCCCUGCCUGACUCACGAGACCUCGCUCCCCUCUCCUUGGGGCACGCCAGCACUCACCAGGAAGAGACAUGGCUACCACGGUUCCUCUGCCUCGGCUCCAGUCAAAGUCAUCACUGACUUAAAGCUCCACCUAGGGAACCCCUCUCAGCACUCCUCAGACCCUGUCGUCAUUCACCCAGGGGCUGUUCUGGCCAUGUUGGACCUCCUAGCCUCUGUCAGCUCAGACACCCAGCCUGAGCAUGCGCUGGACCUGCAGCUAGCGGUGGCGAACAUCCUGCAGGUGCUGGUGCACUCCGAGCGGAAUCAGCAGAUCCUGUGUGAAGCGGGCCUGCACUCCCGUCUCCUGCAGCGCUGCAGCUGUGCCAUGGGGGACGAGGACCAUCCACUUCACCCACCGCUGCAGAGGAUGUUCGAGCGGCUGGCCUCACAGGCCCUGCAGCCCAUGGUGCUCCGGGAGUUUUUACGUUUGGGGAAUCCACUGAACUGCGGUGCAUGGGAUAAGAAGCUUCUGAAACAAUAUCGAGUUCACAAGCCGAGCUCCUUGAGUUAUGAGGCUGAAGCAAGAAACAGCAUGACCACAUCUAUGGAGGGCUUCGGGCCGGACAGCGUGUUUGCAGUAAAUGAAGACAACAGCCAGUACCGAAUCAGCCGCAGCCUGGUGCGCUCAGCCGAGGGCAGCACAGUCCCUCUCACUCGCGUCAAGUGCCUGGUCUCUAUGACUACUCCACACGACAUCCGCCUGCACGGUUCUGCAGUCACGCCCGCUUUCGUGGAGUUUGACACGUCGCUGGAAGGCUUCGGAUGCUUGUUUUUGCCUAGUCUGGCCCCUCACAACGCACCAUCCAACAACGCCAACACAUCUGGAGUGAGCGACGGGGCUGUGGUCAGUGGAAUGGGAAAUGGUGAGCGUCUGUUUCCUCCUCCGUCGGGUCUGAGUUACUCCUGCUGGUUCUGUGUGGAGCGCUUCAGCUCCUCGCCUCACAACCACCCAGUGCGGCUGCUGACAGUGGUCCGGAGGGCUACUGCCUCCGAGCAGCACUACGUCUGCCUGGCCAUUGUUCUCUCAGCCAAAGACCGCUCUCUCGUGGUGUCCACCAAAGAGGAGCUACUGCAGAGCUACGUGGAUGACUUCAGCGAGGAAUCCUCCUUUUACGAGAUCCUGCCCUGCUGCGCCCGCUUCCGCUGCGCUGACCUAAUCACAGAGGGACAGUGGCACCACCUGGUGUUGGUCAUGAGCAAAGGGAUGUUAAAGAACAGCAUGGCCACACUCUACAUCGACGGCCAGCUGGUCAACACUGUCAAGCUCCACUAUGUGCACAGUGCUCCAGGUGGUUCAGGUGCUGCUAACCCACCGGUAGUUAGUACGGUGUACAGCUACAUUGGGACACCCCCAGCCCAACGGCAGCUCUCCUCUCUAGUUUGGCGUUUGGGGCCCACACACUUCCUGGAGGAGGUGCUGCCUGCCGCCAGCGUGGCUGCAAUCUAUGAGCUGGGGCCCAACUACGUGGGCAGCUUCCAGGCUGUCUACCUGCCAUGUAAAGACUCGAAGGCUGAGGCCGUCCCACCAUGUCCUGUGGCGCUGGUUCCAGAGGAAAAAGUUUCCUUCAGCCUCUACGCUCUCUCUGUCUCCUCCCUCACCGUAGCCAAGAUCAGAAAAGUGUACAACAAACUUGACAGCAAGGCCAUCGCCAAACAGUUGGCAGUUUCAUCACAUGAGAAUGCCACCCCAGUCAAACUCAUCCACAAUGCUGCUGGACAUCUCAAUGGUCCUGCCAGGACCAUCGGAGCUGCUGUAAUUGGCUAUCUGGGUGUGAGAGCCUUUGUUCCCAAGCCAGUGGCCACCAACCUGCAGUACACCGGAGGAGCUGCCGCCAUCCUAGGCCUAGUGGCCAUGGCCUCGGACGUGGAGGGACUCUACGCAGCCGUGAAGGCGCUCGUCUGUGUCGUCAAGAGUAACCCCCUGGCCAGCAAGGAGAUGGAGCGAAUCAAAGGCUACCAGCUGCUGGCCAUGCUGCUGAAGAAGAAGCGUUCUCUGCUUAACAGCCACAUCCUUCACCUGACCUUCUCCUUGGUGGGCACGGUGGACAGCGGCCACGAAACCUCCAUCAUCCCCAACUCCACCGCCUUUCAGGACCUGCUCUGUGACUUUGAGGUUUGGCUGCAUGCACCAUAUGAACUGCACCUGUCUCUCUUUGAACAUUUCAUUGAGCUUUUGACUGAAUCCAGCGAGGCUGCUAAGAACGCUAAGCUCUUGCGGGAGUUCCAGCUGAUCCCCAAGCUGCUGCUGACCCUGAGGGACCAGUCGCUCUCUCAGCCCACUAUCGCCGCCAUCAGUAACGUUCUUAGCCUGUUGCUGCAAGGCUUCCCCAACUCCUAUGAUCUGCUCCGGUUUGGCCAGUUUAUUUCAUCCACCUUACCCACCUUUGCAGUCUGUGAGAAGUUUGUGGUUAUGGAGGUUAACAAUGAGGAGAAGAUUGAUGGAGGGAAUGAUGACGACUUUGGUGGUUUGCUCUCCUCCAACAUUAUUUUGCUACGCAACCGCCUGCUGGACAUCCUACUCAAACUGCUCUUCAGCUCAAAAGAGAAAUGCAACGUAAACGCCCAAGCAUGUGAGGAGCUGGUGCGGACACUGGGCUUUGAUUGGCUGCUCAUGUUUAUGGAGGAGCACAUUCACUCGAGCACGGUGACGGCAGCGCUCUGGAUCCUGGUGGUGCUACUCAGUAACCAGUCCAUCCUGAGCCGCUUCAGAGAGGGUCUGUCUGGAGGAGGCUGGCUUGACCACACCGACUCAGUGCUCACCAACAAGAUUGGCACAGUGCUAGGCUUCAACGUGGGCCGUAGUGCGGGUGGUAGGUCCACUCUUCGUGAGAUCAACCGUGACGCCUGCCACUUCCCAGGAUUUCCUGUGCUGCAGACGCUGCUGCCCAAACACACCAACGUGCCUGAGCUCUACUUCCUACUCAUGGCUCUCUUCCUGCAGCAGCCCGUCACUGAGCUGCCUGACAGCCUGCAGGUACAUUUUGACCUAGACUCCAUCUGGUCGUUCAUCUUCGGUGUGCCGGCUUCUAGUGCUACGGUGGUCAGCUCCAUUCACAACGUGUGCACAGAGGCGUCCUUCCUUCUGCUGGCCAUGCUGCGCAGCAUGCUCAACCUGCCUUGGCAGUCUGAAGAGGAGGGCUCCUGGCUGAGGGAGUACCCAGUCACUCUGAUGCAGUUUUUCCGUUACCUCUACCACAAUGUCCCCGACCUGGCUCCCAUGUGGCACAGCCCAGACUUCCUGUGUGCCCUCGCUGCUGCUGUCUUUCCUUUCAACAUCCGACCUUAUUCUGAAAUGGUCAGUGAUUUGGAUGACGAAGCUGGCUCACCCACUGAAGAAUUCAAAGCUUUCGUGGCAGACACAGGCAUGAACCGCAGCCAGUCUGAGUACUGCAACGUGGGCUCAAAAACCUACCUGACCAAUCACCCAGCCAAGAAGUAUGUCUUUGACUUCAUGAGGGUGCUAAUCAUGGACAACCUGUGCUUGACUCCUGCAAGCAAGCAGACGCCCAUCAUAGACCUUCUUCUGGAGGCCUCCCCUGAGCGCUCCACAAGAACGCAGCAGAAGGAGUUCCAGUCCUACGUCCUGGACAGUGUGAUGGAGCAUCUCCUCGCUGCAGACGUUUUGCUUGGGGAAGAUGGAUCUAUGCCUAUCACAACUGGGGGUAGCUACCAGGUCCUGGUCAACAACGUGUUUUAUUUCACGCAGCGGGUGGUGGACAAGCUCUGGCAGGGCAUGUUCAACAAGGAGUCUAAACUGGUGGUGGAGUUUAUAGUGCAGCUUAUCAGUCAGUCUAAGCGCCGCUCGCAGGGUCUGUCUCUGGACCCCAUCUAUCACUGCCUGAACCGCACCAUCCUUUAUCAGCUCUCUCGGCCGCACAAGACCGUACCACAGCAGGUGGCCUUGCUGGACUCUCUGCGUGUUCUGACUGUAAACCGCAACCUGGUGCUGGGCCCCGGAAACCACGACCAGGAAUUCGUGGCCUGCCUCGCCCACUGCUUCAUCAACUUGCACGCUGGGAGUAGCGUAGAGGGGUUUGGGCUGGAGGCUGAGGCCCGGAUGACCACCUGGCACGUGAUGAUCCCGUCAGAGAACGAGGCCGACACUCCCCACAGCCAGGAUGUGAGCGAGGGUCGCCAGUUGCUGCUGAAGGCCGUGAACCGAGUGUGGACAGAGCUGAUGCACAGUAAGAGACAGAUGCUGGAGGACAUCUUUAAAGUCUCUUUGCCUGUCAAUGACAGAGGACACGUGGACAUCGCCACUGCUCGGCCUGCGCUGGAGGAGCCAGCCGCUAAGAGCUGGCAGAACCACCUUGCCCAUGAGAAGAAGUGCAUCAGCAGGGGUGAAUCCGUCGCCCCAGCGACCCAGUCCAAACUCUCACGGGUCAGCAGCGGCUUCGGCCUGUCCAAGCUCACCGGCGCCCGUCGCAGCAAGAAAGAGAGCGGGAUGAACAAAAACAACCUCUCUGCACAGGAAACUUUCCAGUGGAUGUUCACUCACAUUGCAGUGGUGCGGGACCUAGUGGCCAUGCAGUACAAGGAAUAUCAAGAGAGGCAGCAGAAUGCACUGAAGUAUGUUACUGAUGAAUGGGCAGGGAUUGAGUAUGAGUUGCUGCGUGAGAGAGGCCUUUGGGGCCCUCCUAUUGGCUCGCACCUGGAUAAGUUCCAAUUGGACAUGACGGAGGGACCCUGUCGAAUGAGGAAGAAGAUGGUUCGCAAUGAUAUGUUUUAUAUCCACUACCCCUACGUGCCUGACUUCGAACCAAACAAUAGCUCUCAGAAUCCUCCUCCAGUGCCCUUGCUAGGGGCAACAGGCUUCGUCCCAAUCCAGAAGCCAUUGCGUUAUCGGAGAGCCAUCAGUUACGACAGUAAGGAGUACUACAUGCGCUUACUGUCUGGAAACCCAGGCAUGUACCAGCACUCCAUUCAGCAGAACACGGAAGGAGAGACCACCCAGCAGGAGCCUGAGCAUGGGGAGGACACCAUCGCAAGGGUCAAAGGUCUUGUAAAAGCUCCCUUGAAGCGCUCGCGCUCAACAGCGGAUGGUGGUGAUGAGGACAGUCAGGAGCAGCUGCAGGAGCUGCUGGAGUCUGGAGCCGUGGACGAGGAGCAGAAAACGGACAACACCACCCUGCUCCGCCUCCUGGAGGAGGGAGAGAAGAUUCAGCACAUGUACCGGUGUGCUCGGGUCCAAGGCCUGGACACCAGUGAGGGGCUGCUUCUUUUCGGAAAGGAACACUUUUACGUGAUCGAUGGCUUCACCAUGACUGUCACCAGAGAGAUCAGGGACAUCGAGACGCUUCCUGCAAACAUGCACGAGCCGAUUAUCCCCCGAGGGGCCCGACAAAGCCAGAGUCAACUGAAGAGGUCCUGCAGUAUCUUUGCUUAUGAGGACAUCAAAGAGGUGCACAAGCGCCGCUACCUGCUGCAGCCAAUGGCAGUGGAGGUAUUUUCAGGCGAUGGGCGAAAUUACCUCUUGGCUUUCCAGAAGGGAGUUAGGAACAAAGUCUAUCAGAGGUUCCUGGCAGUUGUUCCCUCACUUGCAGACAGCUCAGAAUCUGUCUCAGGACAGCGGCCCAACACCAGUGUAGAGCAAGGGUCUGGCCUUCUCAGCACUUUGGUUGGAGAGAAAUCUGUAACCCAACGAUGGGAGAGAGGAGAAAUCAGCAACUUUCAGUAUUUAAUGCACCUGAACACGCUGGCCGGCAGGUCCUACAAUGACUUAAUGCAGUACCCAGUCUUCCCCUGGAUCCUUGCAGACUACGACUCUGAGGAACUGGAUCUGAAUAAUCCAAAGACAUUCCGUAACCUGUCCAAGCCUAUGGGCGCUCAGACCGAUGACCGACUGAUCCAGUACAAAAAGAGAUUCAAAGACUGGGAGGAUCCAAACGGUGAAACCCCAGCAUAUCAUUAUGGAACUCAUUACUCCUCUGCCAUGAUUGUGGCCUCCUACUUGGUGAGAAUGGAGCCUUUCACCCAGAUCUUCCUCAGGCUACAGGGGGGCCACUUUGAUCUGGCUGACCGGAUGUUCCACAGCGUGCGCGAAGCCUGGCUUUCGGCCUCCAAACACAACAUGGCUGACGUCAAGGAGCUCAUUCCUGAGUUCUUUUACCUCCCAGAGUUCCUGCUCAACUCCAAUAACUUCGACUUAGGAAGUAAACAGAAUGGCACUAAGCUUGGAGAUGUGAUCCUGCCUCCCUGGGCCAAAGGAGAUCCAAGAGAGUUCAUCAGGGUCCACAGACAGGCAUUGGAGUGUGACUAUGUCAGCGCCCACCUGCACGAAUGGAUCGACCUCAUCUUCGGCUACAAACAGCAGGGCCCCCCUGCAGUAGAGGCAGUCAACGUCUUCCACCAUCUCUUCUACGAGGGCCAGGUGGACAUUUACAACAUCAACGACCCUCUGAAAGAAACAGCCACCAUUGGCUUCAUCAACAACUUUGGCCAGAUCCCCAAACAGCUGUUUAAGAAACCCCAUCCUCCUAAGCGCGUGCGCAGUAAGUUGAAUGGAGAAAUCCCUGGCAUCCCUGCCUCAGUCAACUCCACAGCCGACAAAAUCUUCUUCCACCAUCUGGACAACCUGCGGCCUUCCCUCGCGCCUGUUAAAGAGCUGAAGGAGCCGGUGGGUCAGAUAGUGUGCACUGAUAAGGGCAUUCUGGCUGUGGAGCAGAAUAAAGUGCUGGUGCCUCCUGCCUGGAAUAAGACCUUUGCCUGGGGCUAUGCAGACCUCAGCUGCAGGCUGGCCAACUACGAGUCAGACAAGGCUGUGAUUGUGUAUGAAUGUUUGUCUGAAUGGGGUCAGAUCCUGUGUUCCAUCUGUCCUAAUCCCAAACUGGUGAUUACUGGAGGCACCAGCACAGCUAUCUGUGUGUGGGAAACGAGUACUUCUAAAGAGAAGGCCAAGACCCUCACACUCAAACAGGCUCUGCUAGGCCACACUGACGCAGUGACAUGCUUGACAGCAUCAUCAGCUUACCACAUCAUUGUGAGCGGCUCUCGGGACCGUACCUGCAUCAUCUGGGACCUGAACAAGCUGUCAUUCGUCACACAGCUCAGAGGCCACCGUGCUCCUGUCUCUGCGCUCUGCAUCAAUGAACUCACUGGAGACAUAGUGUCCAGUGCGGGCACAUACAUCCAUGUGUGGAGCAUUAAUGGUAACCCCAUUGCCAGUGCCAACACAUUCACCGGCCGCAGCCAACAGAUCCUCUGCUGCUGUGUGUCUGAGAUGAAUGAGUGGGACACCCAGAAUGUCAUUGUGACAGGACACUCAGACGGCGUUGUCAGGUUUUGGAGGAUGGAGUUCUUACAAGUCCCAGAAACCCCUGCACCAGAGCCAGUAGAGCCUCCAGAUGUGCCAGACUGCUGCGGAGAGGAAAAAAUCGAUGGACGUGAAGCUCCAGAUGAUGACAGCAGUGAGUCGGAGGGUGAGGAGACCAGCCUGAGUCAGGAGCCCAAACCACGUGGUCCCGGCAGCCAGCCUGGCAGCGCCGUCCACAGGCCAAAGCCCCGUGCCGGUGCGUCGUGGUCAGUGGAUAGCAGCUCGGACGACUCCCGCCGCUGGUCAGACACGCUCAGCAUAGAUGAGAAGGAUGGCUUUGUGUUCGUGAACUACUCGGAGGGCCAGGGCAGGCCCGGCACAGCCCAACAUGGCAACCCACAUCCACCGCACUCCGCACCCCCACACGGAGCCGUCCCACAGCUGCUGCAGCCCAGCACCAUGGAGGCCCGGCCCUACAACAGGCUAAGAGCAGGCUACAGAUGGGAGAGACAGCUGGUGUUCCGGAGCAAACUCACCAUGCACACCGCCUUCGACCGCAAGGACAACGCUCAGCCAGCAGAAAUCACAGCACUCGCCAUCUCAAAGGACCACAGUAAGAUUCUGGUGGGGGACGGCCGUGGUCGUGUCUUCAGCUGGUCAGUGAGUGAGCAGCCGGGCCGCUCUGCAGCUGACCACUGGGUGAAGGACGAGCAGGUGGAUAGCUGUUCGGGCUGUGCUGUGCGGUUCUCUCUCACCGAGAGACGCCACCACUGCAGGAACUGCGGCCAGCUCUUCUGCCAGAAGUGCAGUCGCUUCCAGUCAGAAAUCAAGCGGCUGAAGAUCUCCUCACCCGUCCGUGUGUGUCAGAACUGUUACUACAACCUGCAGCAUGAGCGGGCCUCAGAAGAAAGUUCCAGAAACUAGACCUCCGUUCACUCCCUCCCUCCCCUUUAUCGCAUCCCCCUACCUCCCUGUAGAAAACUCCUCACCAAGAGACCCCCCGCGCAAGAGACCCAUGUUUGUAAAGCACUGACGUAAACUAAAAUGUCCGUUGUUUCAUGGAUGGAGGUGGAGUAUAACGCCGAGUGACGGGAGAUGUGUACAUCUGUUCUAUUUUUCACUUUUUGUUUUCUUUUUACGUUACACUCAAUUAUGUCCACAUAAACAUUUUCCAUGAACUUUUAGAUUUUAGAAACACGUAAACCCUCCUUCAUGAUAUGAUGAAAUGUGUUUAUAUUGUAAAUAAUUACAAUGGCCUUUUUAACUAGAACAGGAAAAUGAGAAGUCAUUAUUAAGAAAUAAACAGAAAAACAACAUUGCCUGUAACAUAGCAUUAUAACGUACCACUCCUGACUUAAAAACUUACAAAAAAGGAAAACUGAAAGCGGUUGUGUGUAGUCGAUGUCACUAGUCACAGCAUCCCAGCGGGUAUAAUAUUGGGGACUAUGAAUGUUAAUAAUAAAUGUUUGUGGGUCGGUUAUUACCGUGUCUAGUUAUGCAAAUACUUAAUUAUUUUUGUUUACAGUGUGUUAACAUUGACGUGUUGCCCACAGUAUCAGAACUGUUUUGCCAGUAACUCUCAAUUUUAAGGUUUGUUGCCAAACAGACUUUUUUUUUUAAGCGUAUUUAUGAACAGUAGAGUAUCUCUAUUUUUCAGUUCCACUCUGCUGUUUGCUCUGUGUUUAAGUUCAGCAUUUCCCAACUAUUUAACGUAACCUCACUUCAUAACAUAUCAGAUUUUUUCAAGAAAUUGGAGAAUAGAAUUGUGGAGCAUUUCAAGCGUUGAAAAUCAGUCAGAUAAAUGAUACUAAAUAUUUACACUGAGCUGACAGUGAUACAGCUGACUGAAUAUUGCAUGUGGUCACUAUUGUAUUUUGUAAAUUUAGGCUAACGAGGGACUUUUUUCAGGUUUAUGUGCGUCUUACAUUGUCUGUCCACUAGUAAAUGUUAUAUAUGAAGCUUUAAUAUUCCUCUCUGACACUAACCACCUUUUUCUGAGAAAAAAAUAUUUUGCAAGUUUGUCCGCCAAGGCCAUUACAUAGCCGAGUAUCAGCGUCCCAAUUUCUUAUUUAAAACCUAGCAGAGAAAUUGUUGGUGUGCCACUUCUGACUUUUGUAGAAUGUUUGAAUCAUGCAUUCUUUAUAGUAGAGUGGUCACCAGCCCUGGUCCUGGAGAUCUACUUUGCUGCAGAGUCCGGUUCCAACCACAGUCUGCCACAGCUAAUUAACAACUUCAGAAGUACUUGAUUGGCUGGAUCAGAUGCAUUAGUGUGAGUAAAAUAAACUGGGCCCAGUUUUCCAUAGGCAUUUUACUGCUAAGAUCAACUUAACUUGUAGAGAGAGUGCUCAGUUUGAUGCUCGCUCUACCAUUUAAGAGUCAUCUUUGUGCUAAGACACUUUUGGGACACCCCAGACUUUGAAAGUAGAGCUCCAGGAGGAGGAUUAGUGACCAUUGCUCUAUAGAAAUGCAUCAGGAAAGAAUGUAUCAUGGAAUCUGGGGUUCAUCCAUUGAGAAAGGGAUUUUGUGUUUUGUAAUUGGUGUUGAGCAACUAGAAUAACUGAGAUUGAGACUAAUGCUGCGUUCAACUGAAGCUCAUCACUCGGAAAUCUCCUCCUCUUUCUAGGAAAAAGCAAAGAAAAUGCCCACACAGCGGGGAAUUCCUGCUUGGAAAGUCUGAUGUAAAAUAACAUGGCGGCUCACACCAUCAAUAGUAAUGAAGAACCAGUUCUCUCCUUAUAAAUGACAUUAUCUUUAGAUCAGUCAAUGUGUAGACACAGUAGUUGGUUAACCUAGUAACGCUUACCAUAAAGGUCUAUGUUUUGAAGAUAAAUACAUCAUGAACGUAAAGUUAACACUCAUAUCGUGUUGGCUGGCUAGCUCGUUGCUAACGAUGCUCGCUUUACUGGUGCAUCCAUGUUUUUUCCCCAUAUUGUAGCUCGAAUGCGUGGAGGCUGACACAGUUCUUUUUCUUCCUUCAAAGCUUUGAGCCAAGUUGAACGUGGCUUUAGAUUAAAUCAAAGUCUCAGAGACUGACGCUAAGAUGAGACAUGAAACCUGUUGUCUUUUGUCAGUGGUACUGUGGGCAAUACUGCAUUGAAAGUGCUGCUUUAAUUAGGAAGAAACCUUUUUUUUUUCCUUUUUUUCUUUUUUUAACUAACAAACACAAAUCACUUUAAAGGAUGAGAUGCUACACGUGUGCAGUAGUGUAUUAUUCACUGUCUUUAUACAUUUCCCCAUCAUUUGCCAUACAGCCUAAUAUGCACCCGUUAUGGUUGUUAUUAUUAUACACUCAUGUACUGUAAACUAGCGUGCAAUCAUAACAUCAGAGCUGUUGUCAAGCAGCUUAAAGGCCGGAUGGCUAUAUCAGUCCGACUUUGUUUUCGCACCUUCAUGUGUACAAAGCAGAAAAAAGAGAUGUUUAAGGCUCAUGGUUUUAUCAGAUGCAUUUUUAUGUUGUGGGCUGUCAUUUUAAAAAGGGGUGUGUUCCUUUACAGCGAGACAAACUGUACAAAGUAUUUAUGCAAUUAUAAUGUUUCCUUUUUUAUGAUUGAUUAUUGUACUUUUUUCAGCAAGUUGGGUUACUUGUUGCAUGUCUAACACAGCUGACUUUCUGUGUCAGUGCAUUGUACAUGUUCGGCAUUAUUAUUGUUUCUUCCUCUUUUUUUGAUUUCUUUUUUUUUCUCUCUCAUUUCUAUGGCAUUAUUGAAUGAGUUGAUUCUGAAACCCUGAGAGUUGUGUACAGAGUAGCCAGGUAUGCUGAAGUUGUGCCCCAAAAACCUCUGGGUCAACUUUUUUGUACUCUAUGUAUGAAAAUCAAAGACUGAUCAAAAAACAACAUAGAAAAAACAAACAAACAAACAAAAGGAUUCUCUUUUUUGGUGGUCUUGUGUUAGACUGCAUUGCUACAGUAUCUGGUGUGCAAUCUGUGGUAGCUGAAUGUUCAUUGUGCAUUUGUGUUCAAGUACAACUACAUUGCCCCUCCUCCUUCCUCGUAGAGUAACCCUGAACUGUACUGUUACUAUAAUGCAAUAGAUCUGGUACUCAUAUUUUUAAUUUAAUUUCAAUUAAAUCCUUGCUGUUUACCACCA